UCACGUGACGUGACGAAACCGGAAGUGCCGCUGAAGACUACAUGCUUUGAGAAGUGGUGAAGCUAGUGUUAGCUACAGUUAGCAUUACUUUCGAUACACACUGUCGAGCGACUUUUCUCUCUUGGAAGAAAAUGCCUUCGCAAAAUGGAAAACCCGAUGUCAUGUUUGAGGAUGAUGAUUUGCCUUAUGAAGAGGAGAUUAUCCGGAACCCAUAUUCAGUUAAAUGCUGGAUGCGCUACAUUGAAUUCAAACAAAAUGGACUGAAAUCCACCCUGAACAUGAUCUAUGAGCGGGCUCUGAAAGAGCUGCCUGGCAGCUAUAAACUGUGGUACAAUUAUCUGAGAGAGAGACGGAAACAAGUCAAAGGGAAAUGUAUCAGUGAGCCAGGCUAUGAAGAGGUCAAUAACUGCCAUGAAAGAGCGCUGGUGUUUAUGCACAAGAUGCCCAGAAUCUGGCUUGAUUACUGCCAGUUCCUUGUGUCUCAGUGCAAGAUAACAAGAAGUCGGCAAACGUUUGACCGUGCACUCAGAGCCCUUCCUGUUACUCAGCACCCGCGCAUCUGGCCUCUGUAUCUCCGCUUUGUCCGUAACCUGCCCCUGCCUGAGACAGCCAUCAGGGUCUACCGCAGGUACCUUAAGCUUUCUCCAGAGAAUGCAGAGGAAUACAUAGACUACUUACGAUCUGUUGGUCGCUUGGACGAAGCAGCUGUGCGACUGGCAGCUGUUGUCAAUGACGAAAGCUUUGUUUCCAAAGAGGGCAAAUCUAACUAUCAACUGUGGCAUGAGCUAUGUGACCUGAUCUCCCAAAACCCUGAUAAGGUGACCUCUCUGAAUGUAGGAGCCAUCAUCCGAGGAGGCCUCACUCGCUUUACAGACCAACUUGGAAAACUCUGGUGCUCUUUAGCUGACUAUUACAUCAGGAGUGGCCACUUUGAGAAGGCUCGUGAUGUAUAUGAGGAGGCCAUCCUUACAGUGGUAACAGUAAGGGAUUUCACACAGGUGUUCGAUAGUUAUGCCCAGUUUGAAGAGAGCAUGAUUGCAGCAAAGAUGGAGACCACUGCUGAGAUGGGGCAGGAUGAAGAUGAGGACAUAGAUCUGGAGCUCAGACUGGCUCGCUUUGAGCAGCUGAUAGCCCGGCGCCCCCUCCUGUUGAACAGUGUGCUACUGCGGCAGAACCCCCAUAAUGUCCAUGAGUGGCACAAGAGGGUAAAGCUGUAUGAGGGCAAUCCGCGGCAGAUUAUUAACACAUACACUGAGGCAGUCCAGACUGUGGAUCCAAUGAAGGCCACAGGGAAGCCUCACUCUCUCUGGGUUUCCUUUGCUAAAUUCUAUGAGGAAAAUGAUCAGCUGGAUGAUGCUAGGACAAUUUUUGAGAAGGCUACUAAGGUGAACUACAAGCAGGUGGAUGACCUUGCUGCGGUGUGGUGUGAAUAUGGAGAAAUGGAGCUACGCCAUGAGAACUAUGAACAGGCGCUGCGCAUACUGAGGAAAGCUACAGCCAUCCCAUCGAAGAAAGCUGAGUACUUUGAUGCAUCCGAGCCAGUUCAAAACAGAGUCUACAAGUCCUUGAAGGUCUGGUCUAUGCUGGCAGACUUAGAGGAGAGCCUUGGCACUUUCCAGUCCACCAAAGCAGUGUAUGACCGCAUUAUUGACCUCCGCAUCGCCACGCCACAGAUCAUCAUCAAUUACGCCAUGUUUCUUGAAGAGCACAACUACUUUGAGGAAAGCUUCAAAGCAUACGAGCGUGGUAUCGCUCUCUUCAGGUGGCCAAAUGUUUAUGACAUCUGGAACACUUACCUCACCAAGUUCAUUGAUCGUUAUGGAGGCAAGAAGCUGGAAAGAGCUAGAGAUUUAUUUGAGCAAGCCCUGGAUGGCUGCCCUGCCAAGUUUGCCAAAACCAUUUACCUGUUGUAUGCCAAACUGGAGGAGGGUUAUGGAUUGGCCCGACAUGCCAUGGCUGUCUAUGAGAGAGCAACCCAGGCAGUAGAGACUGAGGAAAGACAUCACAUGUUCAAUAUCUACAUCAAGAGAGCAGCUGAAAUUUAUGGAGUCACAUAUACAAGAGCAAUUUACCAGAAGGCCAUUGAGGUCCUUCCUGAUGAGCAUGCAAGGGACAUGUGUCUGAGAUUUGCUGACAUGGAGAGUAAACUGGGUGAGAUUGAUCGUGCCAGAGCAAUCUACUCAUACUGCUCCCAGAUCUGUGACCCCCGGGUGACUGCUAAUUUCUGGCAAACAUGGAAAGAAUUUGAGAUCCGCCAUGGAAAUGAGGACACAAUUAGAGAAAUGCUGAGGAUCAAACGCAGUGUCCAGGCCACAUACAACACCCAGGUCAACUUUAUGUCCUCUCAGAUGCUUAAGGCCACAACAAGCUCCACAGGCACAGUGUCAGAUCUUGCUCCAGGCCAAAUGGGAAUUGAUGACAUGAAGAUGUUGGAGCAGAAAGCACAGCAGCUUGCUGCAGAGGCCGAGCUGGACAAACCCAAACCAAAAGAGAAGAUUCUCUUCGUCAGGAGUGACACCUCUCGCAGUGAGUUGGCUGAGCUUUCCAAACAAGCCAAUCCUGAUGAGAUCGACAUUGAUGAUGACGAUGAGGAUGGAGAUGAUGAAGACCAGGGACCGGAUGAGGUACAGCUUGAGCAGAAGAGUGUCCCCACAGCUGUCUUCGGAGGGCUUAAAGAAGACUGAAAGAUGCCAUCUUCUGAUUUCUGUUGUAGACAUUGAAUAGGCUCCAUUUUUUAAUCUGUAAAUGCUAUUUUCCUGGAGGAUUUUUGUAGUAUAGUAUACAAAAGAGCCUGCCUUAGUAUUGGCCAUACGGUGUCAGUCUUUCUCAAUUAUAAAGCUCAAGAUAAUUAAACAAUCCAGCAGCUUUCUGUUUUGAAAUGCAAACAUGUGGUUACAUGGUGACUGUAAUUAAAGUCUCAUGUAGUUUGACUUCGUUUUCCAAACAUUUUGUAAAAGAGUUGACAGUGAGAACACUUUUGUACACCUACUAAAUGCAGAGACCUUUCUCUAGCAGGAAGCUCUGCCCUAGAAAACACAGGGGAGGAGCAUAGUUUCAUCAACAGGGGGCAUUCAUUUGAAAGUGGAGCUGAGCAUUCAAGCCUCACAUUGUUGGCUUGAGAAUCACUCAUAGGUGGUUGUCUUCCAAAGCCCAGUGUGUCUGAAAAGGUUUCACUUGCAUACAUAUGUCCCUAUCAAAAUAUUAAAAUUGUGUGGUAGAUGCACAUUAUUACUAUUAUUGUACAAGAACACUUGAAGACCAGCUUCUACGACAGUUUGCUUAAUUAAUGUUGUAAAAAAUCUUUAAAAAAAAAAAUAAUUCAAUAGCAGUAAAUGCUAAUUUGGAACACUUCCUAAUGCCUUGGCUCAUUUUUUAGGCUGGUACUGUAAAUGCAUUUGAGUCAGUGUUAUCAAGGCUCUACUUGUGACCCGAUGCAGUCUGACAGUUUUGGAUUUGAACAAGAUUUGAAAGUUUUCCUAUUGGCAAGCCCCUUACAUUUGCAGCGUUUGUGAGUUAUGCAAAAAUAUUUCUGUCUGUGAAAAGUUGACCAUCUCUUCAAAUUGUUCUAAAAACCCUAGUUGUAAUAAAAUGAGUUUAUACCUGUUAAA